AAUGACGGAUGUGGAGCGUCGGAAGACGCGAGACGCGAGCGAUGACGGCACGAAGGAACGCUCCCUUCGCGCAGCGAUUUCUGCCCGUGGCUUUAUAUAUAGAGAUUGGAGAAAAACCCUUCGAUCCCUUUCACGAAGAAAACAACGCUCAAUUAGCGAUUGCUGCGCAUCGAGUCGCAGACGCACCCUCGGUGCGUGCAGACGCACCUUUUCGAUUGCUUUCCCACUGCGAAAAGCUCCUUCUAGGAAAGUGCGACAUUAAUUGUACUUUUUGGAUCCGUUAUAAGAGCGUAAAUCAUGCGAUGAAAAGGCAGAGCAGAGCGGAGAAACUUAGAGUCACGUGGCCGUGUUUUCUUACUCCGAAAUGGAACGAAUAUCGUCCGGAGCUAUGCCGAGAAAAAAGAAGGAGGAAGGCAAUAAUUGGUGAUUCGUUUCAAAAUUAUAUUUUGGCACGCGCUUUAGGACUCGAGAUCGUCGAGCGUGUCGAUUGGCCGUCGAAUUGGGAGUUCUAGGAACUUCAGGUGAUCUCA